AUGACCAAGCACGAAGAGAUUAAGACGAUGAAACUUUACCAUCAUUUAGACCGGAUUGAGCAUCGGCUAAAAGAAUUGGGCUAUACUAAUAAGGAUACCCGUGUCGAUCCAGAACAGCUGGGAACGCUCGACUCGCUACAUUUUUUCGGUGAUGAACCCAUCUGCCACAUUGUCGAUCUGUUAGGUGCAUGUCCUAGCGAGAAAAAAGUGCUAGAUAUUGGCACGGGCUUUGGUGGUACAGCUCGAUUGUUGGCUCAUCGCAGUGGCUGCAAGGUGGAUGCUCUAGAGCUACAGCCUGAUCUUAGUGACGCAGGUCGAAAGCUCACCCGACGUUGUGGAUUAGACAACCAAGUGACACACUUGGAUGGCGACUUUUUGGAGCUAUCGGUACGGCACAACGAGUACGACGCUGUGGUAGGACUCUUGUGCUUCCUGCACAUUGGCAAUUGGCGUCAUCUUUUUCAACGCUGUUUUGACAGUCUCAAACCUGGUGGUGUACUAUACGCGGACGACUUUUUCCUCCGUGGUGACAAGUUGUCGGAUGAGGAUCAACUCACGCUCAAGCAAGAUGUGUACUGCACUGACCUGCUGCGUCAAGAUCAAAUAUUGACUGUGUUAAGGACUUGCGGCUUUAAGGAGCCUGAGUUUCACGAUGCGACGACCAAAUGGCAGCCAUACGUGUCGGAUCGUGCAGAGCAAUAUCACGCUGCACUCGAGACACAUAUUGCCCGCGACGGUAAGGCAGCAGCUUGUGGUCUUGAUCACUUUUACACGCGGGUGGCACAGCUUUUUCGAGAUGGAAACGUUGGAGGCUACACGCUAAUCGUACGUAAGCCGCUUUAA